AUGAAUGAAGCAGACGUAGAUCAGUUCGACGAUGAUUUCGAGGAUGAUGAAAAGCUCAUGCAGGCCGAUCGUCCAUCAGUUAUUCAUAGGACACGACAUUUCAGGCAACGCAAAAGAAGAAAAGAAUUGACAUUACCAGUAGCCCUCGUUAUCAUCUCACCUUUACCAGAACUACCAGUACUGCAACAUAUUUAUGGCUGCGGUGCCUCAAGACAUGGCUAUCAGCAAAUGUUAUGUCCGACACGAAGCUCCCAUCACUACGAUGUUUGCAUAACAUCGGAACAACUCUGUGACGACACUCCUGACUGUCCCGGUGGAGAGGAUGAAAAUCCAUCAAAUUGUCUCUUUUAUAAAUCUAUAAAAGAACAGUUGAAACAUAUUUACAAUACCGUACUUCUGCUAGCCGAUCAUGUUGCGGGUCAGAACAGCCAUCGUGAAUUGUGA